AUGCCCAAAGAAGUUCUGCCAAUUGUUGACAAACCACUUGUGCAAUACGCGGUUGAAGAAGCCGCUGAGGCUGGGCUCACGGAAAUUGGCUUUGUCACUGGCCGUGGUAAGCGCGCCAUAGAAGACCACUUUGAUGUCAGCUAUGAGUUAGAACAUCAAAUAGCCGGCACCGGCAAAGAAAAGGCCCUGGAUGGGAUCCGGUCGCUGAUUAAAAACUGUACAUUUUCCUAUACGCGUCAAGUCAAUAUGGCGGGCCUGGGAGAUGCGAUCCUGAAGGGGCAGACGAUUAUUGGUGAUGAACCCUUUGGUGUUGUGUUAGCUGAUGACCUUUGCCUGGGUGAUGAGCAAGGUGUGCUGGCACAGAUGGUAGGGCUGUUCCGCCAGUAUCGCUGCAGUAUUGUCGCCAUAGAGGAAGUCCCAGCUGAUCAGACUGGCAGUUAUGGUGUCAUCGAUGGCGAAAUGAUCAGCGAUUCGCUGGUGCGCGUCACCAACAUGGUGGAAAAACCAGCACCCGAAGAUGCCCCCAGCAAUCUGGCCAUCAUCGGUCGUUACAUUCUCACCCCGGACAUUUUCGAAAUUUUGCGCAAUACCCCCCCGGGCAAAAAUGGCGAGGUGCAGAUUACCGAUGCACUGUUAACCCAGGCCAAAACCGGUUGUGUCAUGGCGUAUAAAUUCAAGGGACGUCGUUUCGACUGCGGUUCGGUUGCCGGAUUUGUUGAAGCCACCAACUAUUAUUACGAAAAUUUCUUCGAACAGGCUUAA